AUGGACGGCCUUAGCGGCGUUAGCACAGACACCAGAGAAAUCAGAGGCUACAAAUCAAUCUCAACCUUGAUUACCUUCAUUCUCACUAAUCUCAUUGUGCUUUUCCCCUUUGAUAUUCCGAUCCUCGUCCCUCGACCACUUUCGAAUGCUUUCCUGGAUACCCUGAGCAAGUUUCGAAUUAUACCGCCGAGGCGAGAUCGCUCUCAGCAUGGCGAUACGAUUGACCCUGGCAAAGCCCAGUUUUGGGUACGGCUGAAGUUCCCAAUGAAUUUUGUAACGGCGCCUUUGAUAGCAGACCUCUUUCUGCUUGCCAUCCUCGCUAUCGGUAGAAAAGAAGUGCACGAUGGCACACUCGGCGCAAACAGUAUUCUCCCUUACAACAUCAUGAUAUUCUUCCUCACACUGGCAUACAUCGCCAUCUCGAUCGACGCGUCCGGCUUGAUCAGGUGGUUGGCGUUCAAAGUGCUUCAAAAGGGCGGUGGGGUCGGACACCGGCUGUUCUUCUACCUUUAUGCCUUCUUCUUCGCCCUUGGUACCUGCAUUGGAAACGACCCUAUCAUUCUGUCUGGGACGGCUUUCCUCGCCUACAUGACCCGAGUGUCAAGCAAUAUAGUCCAUCCACGCGCGUGGAUUCACACUCAGUUCGCCGUAGCCAAUAUAGCUUCAGCUAUCCUCGUCUCCUCCAACCCAACCAACCUCGUCCUUGCCGGUGCCUUUCAUGUGACUUUUAUUAAGUACACGGCAAAUAUGAUUGUCCCAGUCCUUGUCACAGCCAUCGUACUUUUCCCCUUUCUACUAUACAUCGUCUUUGCGGAAGAGACCCUCAUCCCGUUGAAGAUUGAGAUGCACCAGCUCACCCAGGAAGAGCAAGCCAAGGUUCCCGUGAACCCUAACAUUCCUGAUGGUAGAGGAAUCGCCGAAGAGCAAGAGAAGCAACACGUGAAUGAUGAACAAGGGAAGGUUCUAUCGCUUGAGGAGAUUAUGAAUCCUUUCGUAGAUAGGGAAGGCGCUGCCUUUGGAGCUCUCAUCAUGUCCGCUACACUCAUCACCCUCCUCGCAGUCAACGCUAGCGACUCAGGCAACGGCAAAGACGUGCCCGUCUUCUACAUAACAUUGCCAGCUGCCGUUGUUAUGUUCUGCUGGGAUUUGGGAUCCGGUUGGAUUAAUCGGAAGAAGACACGCGAGAUUGCCAGGGUUGGCAGAGAAGAAAAAGAGAGGUUUCGAUCCGAACAGGCAAGACAAGCGGCUGCGGGGGAUGAUAACUCGUCUGAAAGUCUACAACAGAGCCAGGAAGGCGCCGACGGAGCCAUUCCAUUACAGCCUGCUGUGUCUGAGAAUGGCGAUGACGCGGCUCCCGAGCUUGCAUCAUCUGUCGCGAAGCUGGUACCAAGAGACGAUAACUCGCAGAAUGAGCGAUCGACCAGCGUAGUAAGCACACCAGAUGGCAAACGAGAAUUGGAUCACCCAGCCUCUAGCCACCGGCCGCAAGCAUUGAGCGGCGAUUAUAAGGAGAAGCGAGUCUUCUCCGAGCGAGUCUCCUCCGAGCCAAUCUCUGAGGAGGUCGUACGGCAGCAGGAGCGUCCAACACUCGUAUCUCUUGUGGAAUCGUUUCAUAGGUGGUCCCAGGAGACAUUCCCGACCGUCACAGCAGUGUUAUCACACUUGCCUUACGCGCUCUUACCUUUUGCCUUCUCCAUGUUUGUCUUAGUACAAGGUUUGGUGACGAAUGGCUGGGUACCCGUAUUUGCCUAUGGAUGGGAUCAUUGGGUGAAGAAGACAGGGACUGUCGGUGCCAUUGGCGGCAUGGCUUUUAUUUCGACAAUUUUGUGCAAUUUUGCAGGUACCAACAUUGGUACCACUAUACUUCUAUGCCGCGUUAUCCAAACAUGGAUAGUAAUCCGUCAAGAUGCAGGGCUGCCAAUUUCCGAUCGAACCUUCUGGGGAUCGAUAUAUGCCAUGGCCCUCGGCGUCAACUAUGGAGCAUUCAGCACGGCAUUUAGCGCCUCUCUAGCUGGUCUCCUUUGGCGGGACAUUCUUGGCAGGAAACAUAUUCACGUGCGGCGGCUCGACUUUGCACGCGUAAAUCUCCCAAUCAUCACCAUCGCAAUGGUGGUUGGAUGUGUAACUCUCAUCAUCCAGAUAUUCGUUGUGAGAACCAACAAACCUUUCGAUUCAUAA